GACGAACUCAACGAGGUGAACGUCAAGCUGACAGAGCAGUACGAAGACACCGAUAAGCAGUUGGAGGAGUUGCGUGCAGAAUACGAUGCAGCCACACGGGAGAAGCAGGCACAAGUGCGGAAGCUAAAUAAGGAGCUGGAGAAGGAAGCACAGGCGAAAGCCAAAGCAGUAGCCCUU